AUGAGGUUGGCCACAAAAGAUUUCUUGACCAACCUUGCUGGGUUUUUAGGAGUCAGGGAAAAACUUGACAAUGUUGCGGCAACAGUCUUACCACAAGAAUUGGCCUCACAAUAUGACCCUGUUGGACUUGACGAAACACCGAUCCAAGACGAGUGUCUGCUCGAUUCGUUGGAGGAUUCUUUGGAAGAUCCCUCCUCGGCAUCUAUAGAAGAUCGAUUGGAGGUAAUGUUAGUUAUCGCAGACUCGGAUAUCAAACCUCUCUUGGAUCAAUUUGGAAGAGCGUUGGUGGAGAAACUCAAGGCUUUGGACGAUGAUGGUGGUGGAGAUGAUCCUGAUCAUCGCUCUCCAAAAUACAAGUCCGCGCCGCUGAAAUCCUUAGCGAGAUCUGCCGAAAAGGUUCGAAAUGAAUACGAUGGAAUUGCCUUAAGAAUAUUGGAUUUGGUUCGAGCUUCCAUUGUGGUGAAUACCGAGCAGCAGCUGGCAACACUGCUACACACCAUCUUUCAUACCAGUGAGGAUGAGAAAUUUGCUCACAUCAAAGUGAUUCGUUUCAAGAACCGGUUCAAGCUCCCUACCUUUAGUGGAUAUCGAGAUGCUUUGUUUAAUUUGGAGGUCGCUUCGAAAGAUGGUGAAUGCAAGAUGAUUGUCGAGCUGCAAAUUCACUUGAAUCAAAUCAUGGCACACAAACCCGCCAGUCAUUUCUAUUAUGGAUACUUUCGCAAGUUUUUCUUGGGCAACAUGGAUGUUGUGAGUGCCAGGAUGGAUUUGUUGACGUCGCUGGGGAGUUAUGUUAAGAAUUUCAAAUUGGAUAUCAACCCUCAUUUUUCUUACGACCAACCGAUUGACAUUGAGUCCAUCUUGGGUGAGUUGGUUCAAGAAGACAAUCCAUUUAGUAUUGAUCCUGAAAGGUUAAUACAAGAGAUGACCAAUCCAGAGAACGAGGCUCUGCAGGCGUUUCUUGCUAAAAUAGUGCUGUUUUGGGAGCUCCAAGACGCCACUGAUGGGUCGUCACCAUUGUUCGAGGAGAUUGAAGACCAAGAAAAUAUUGAAAUCGAUACAGAUGUCACGACCCAAAAUGUUGAUGGAGAGAGUGAAAUAUCGGCAGAUGAGGUAUAUGCAAUUGCCGAAGGUUUAAAAGACGCCCUUGAUGCUUUUGCAGAAAAGUUGUUGGCCAACCUUGCCGUUUACACUGACACCGAUUGCAGGGUGCGUGAGUGGAGUGAUGAUCCCACAACGGAGCGCGAAGAAGACGAUGGCUGGGGGGGCAUGGAAGCCUUUCAAUACGAUGGUGCUUCGCUGCUUUCUCGAGAGUUAGCUGAGACGUUUGCAUCUAGCUACGACAAAACCGUAUCGGAGGUGUGGGGAAUACUCAAAGCCUCCAUCACGGUGAGCGAUGAAUACUAUAUUGGGUGUCUCCUUGACUUUAUGGAAUGGUUGCACGAGAAUGAGCAUAUUGAACUGUUACACUUCCAUAAUGAGUUUCAGCAGGAGAAAGCAGAAGGGUACGAGACGUUUUUUGGUUACCGCGUGUGCGAAUAUUGUUUCAGAAUCACUGGCGAAAGCGGCAGUACGAUGGUGGAACUCAAAAUUCAUCAUGCUUUGCUCAAGCCUUACGAAAAGGAUUGGCUCUACUAUCAGAACGAGUUUUUCAUUCCUUUCCUUGAUAACAGUGACUGGGAUCUGGUUCAAAACCGAGUAAAGCUCUUGGACUCCUUGGAAGUACUUGUGAAAGAAAGAAUGGGAAAGGACUUUGUCGGGCAGUUAGAGGAUAUGAUUGAGUCGUUAAUUGCAAACAGAGAUGUGGAGAACUUGAAUACAUUUGAAACACUCUUGGGACCAAAGAUGUUAGCAGAUAUGAAGGUUGCAAUAGAUUGCUCCAGAGGUAGAUUACGCGCGCUAAAGCUCAAGAUUGACGAUGGAGAUCCUGUUUCCGAGGAAAGCUUGUUGGACGCCAGGCUGUCACUAGGAGAAAACCUUCUUUUGACUUUCUACUACGACGGCGAGCUGAAUACACUAGAAGCUUUGGAGAUGCUGGAAGCUGUGUACGCAGACACGAAACAAUUUUACAAUAAUGACGCAAAGCACCCGAAGGUUUUGAGAGCAGCUAUGCGGUAUCAUUCAGCCCUAGCUCUGGCGGAAUCAAAGGCAACGGAAUUUCAAGACGUUGACGUUACAGAGUUCAAGAGAGUCCUUGACGACUUUAGCGAUGUCUUUGGUGCCGACGACGAAGCCACAAUCGAAUGCAUGUAUGCAUUUGGUCAAGCGCUGUUGGAGCUCGACCAUGGUGGGCAUAUCGAGAUAUUUCAGACAGCAUAUGAUAAGGCAAUUAGCGUUCUUGGGGAGUCCCAUUUCGUCACACUUACCUGUGGCUUGGAUCUAGCAAUCGAAAGGGAAAAAGCUGACGAGACGCAUGAUGAGGUGUUUCUUCAAUUCGUGGAGAAGUUUUACAAGACCUACACUAUUGUGCUGGGACGAACACGGCCACUUUUAGAUCUGGAAGCAUCAUUGUUGGAUGUAAUCCAGGUGACUCUUGACGAUAAUUCAGACGAACUCACAGGGGCUGAGUAUGAUCGUCUUGAGAGCGAGAAGGUGCGGAUUGGAGCUCAAUAUACGAAAGGAACUGAAACUGAUAUCUUGGAUUUUGUGUUAAAUGGAAUGUGGUACAAAUUCAUGCCGUGGGAAGAGGUGCCACCCGACGCAAAGUCUGCAGUCAAUGCCUUGGGUUGGGAAGUCAAUACAGCAUCGUCGCUUUGGUACCCAGCAGACACGAGGACAUGGGAUGAACUGUCUUCAGAGGAACGCAAAGCAGCUCGGGUGCUAGGAUUCAACGGCUACUCUUGGCAUGAUACAUUUAGUGGAUAUAGACACAUAAGUUCAACUCUUGAUGAAUUGGCAGAGGAACAACAGAACGCAUGCGAAACCCUGGACUGGACGGAAGAGAAAUGGGGCAUCCCCAAACUUGUGCAAAAUGAGGAGAGAAUGUGGAGAGAUCUAACACCAGAGGAGAAGCAAGCUGCAAAAGAAAUGGGUUUCGGGCUGAGAUCUUGGAACAUUCUCUUCGCGGCCGAGCAUUUCAAACCAGAAAAAUUCAAAGAAGAGUCUGACGACGAAGGUGACGACGGUGACAAUGACGACGAUGGCAGUGACAAUGACGACGAUGGCAGUGAUAAUGACGACGAUGGCAGUGAUAAUGACGACGACAAUGACUAUGACAGUGACGACGACUAUGACGAUGAUGGAUCGCAAGAGGACUGA